GGUGGCCAGCCAGACCUGCAGGGAGAGAUGGGAAAUGUGUCCAACACCUCGGUGUUCAUCUCCACCUUAUCGAAGAGAGAAGACCUGAUUUUUGGCACGCUCUAUUUAGUCUUUGGCAUCGUGUCCCUCUCUGGGAACUCACUGCUGCUGCUGGUGGCCUAUCAGAAGAGGUCCAUGCUGAAGCCUGCUGAGUUCUUCAUCGUCAACCUGGCCAUCAGUGACCUGAGCAUGACAGUGACGCUCUUCCCCUUGGCCACCUCAUCCUUCUUUGCACACAGGUGGCUGUUCAACCAGGCGGUGUGCACCCUCUAUGCCUUCUGUGGGGUCUUGUUCGGGCUCUGCAGCCUCACCAGCCUGACGGUGCUCAGCACGGUUUGCUGCCUGAAGGUCUGUUACCCAGCAUAUGGCAACAAGUUCUCACCCUGCCACGCCGGAGUGCUGCUGCUGUGUGUCUGGGCAUACGCCCUGAUGUUCGCCACGGCUCCCUUGGCCGAGUGGGGCAGCUACGGCCCCGAGCCCUACGGGACAGCCUGCUGCAUCACCUGGAACGCCUCGAGCAGGGAGGCCACACUCUACAUCCUCGCUCUCUUCAUCUUCUGCUACCUUCUCCCCUGUCUCCUCAUCCUCAUCUCCUACUCACUGAUCCUCUGGACGGUGCGGGUGUCCCGGAGGGCCGUCAGGCAGCACACGUCCCCCCAGCGCAGAGCUCGCAGCGUGCACAGCCUGAUCGUGAAGCUGAGCAUUGCCGUGUGCCUGGGGUUUCUGGGUGCCUGGACCCCUUACGCCAUCAUUGCCCUGUGGGCAGUCCUUGGCGACGCCAGCCAGGUGCCAGCACUGGCCUUUGUGCUGUCAGCUGUCUUUGCCAAGUCCUCGACGCUCUACAACCCCCUGGUGUACCUGCUCUUCAAGCCCAACUUCCAGAAGUUCCUCUCCAAGGACAUGGUGCUCCUCCAGGCCAUCCGCACCCUCCUCUGCUGCAGCUGCCCGAGUGCUGCGCUCCAGCCCUUCCCAUCUCCGGGCUUCAGUGACCACCCUGGGGCUUGCAGAAACUGCAACGACACUUUUGAGUGUUUCAGUAACUACCCCAAGUGCUACAAACUCCCCCAGGUGCCCGGCAGCUCGCCCCAGCAUGCUCCCCUGGCUAUGCUGGCUGAUGGAGCUGCUUGCCAGCCGGGGCUGAAGAGGACGGUGCAGGUGAUGGUGCUUGUCACACGGAAGAGGUCAGGCCUGGGCACUGUGAAUGUGGCGGGGGAAGCUCUGCCAUCAGAUUUCAUGAAAGACCUUCUCUGAGCCCAGCCGUGCCUGGCUGUGUCCUACCAGCGCACUGGAAGACAAACCCAAACACAACAUUUCUCUCACCUACGUAUCCGAUGGUUCCCCAGCAUGUUCUGCAGAUGAAAUGACAUGAAGACUUAAGACCAGCCUUGUCUCCCCCUCUGGUUUGCCUCUUGCAACUCUGAACCUAGUCUUUGCACUUGCAAAAAAACCCAAAUCUAUUAGACCCCCAGUGCCUGAAACCUGCCCAGGGUGCAAGUCCAGGGUGAAGUUUCUCCUGCAGCUUGCUUGCUGGGCCCUUGGCCUUUGGUUUCCAUCCCGGUGCUCUGAUGACCAAGUAGGAACUUGGUUGUCUUAAGAAACUGUGCCUGGCAGGGAGGGCUGGGGGCCAGGAGAGAGGCAUCCCACCUCCAGCGCCAGCUCCUACAGCCCCCACUUUCCUGUGGGGAGCAGGACCACGCCACUCAGCUACCUCACUUGGGAUUAUGAAGCAUCUUUAUAUACCUCUUAAGAGACUACUCUCUGUAUGGGCUGGGUUACCCCACUCCCUUGAUUUGAAUGCAAACCCAGCACCAUCCUAUAGAUCGAAAUGGGAGCUGUCUUUAGAGUAAGGAUUUGGGGUUAAGAUAAUCCCAGUGUGAGUAAUAGCAGUCCCAGGUCGUGCUCUCCAGGCAGGGAAUGGCAAAUCUGUGUCCGAGCACCAUCCUGGAGAUGGGGCUGUGGCUGCAGGGUGUCUCCCAGUGCCUGGGACGAGGGGGCAGCUCAUGCCAUCUGUGCUGCUGCGCAGGGGAGCAGCUGCCUGGGCAACAGCAUCCUGUGGGCUCGUAGUCAGCGUCUGGAGACCAGUGUGGGCAGUUCACCCACAGGAAGAGUCUGGGAUGAAAAGGACCAAGAAGCUAUGAAAGGGCCCAAUGCAAAGCCAUCAAUAAAAACGUUCUCUGCCGUGGCAGGCGCAGUUUCUCUCCCAUAGCCUGCUGGUAGCCCCGUGGUGAAGCUCCCCUGGGGCUGAGCUCAGGGGCUCCCCGUCCCACCCCAGGACUGAGCUGCCCAUGUGCCCAGCCUUGGGCACAGCAGGAGCUGGUUCUGCUUUUCAGGGCCUGAAUGACACAGCCAGGGUGCCCAGAGAGGUUAGUUAUGCCCCCAAAAAUUAAAAGAUGCAUUCAAGGUGAUGAGAAGAGUCAGUUGCAGAGGUGGGAAACGUGCUGCCCUCCAGCACCCAGACAGCUUGUGGAAGCACUUUAUGUUGUCACUAGUUAACAAACAAAACCAUGCCACAACCCAUCGCCAGAGCUGCAGCAUUAAAUCAUAGACAUGCUAAACAGGAAUAAUGAACCAUUUUCUGCACCGAGUGCUGGGAAACAGCCGCUGCCCUCGAUGCCGUCACCGCCUGCCAGCUCUGCCUGCCAGCCGCCCUGCCUGUAAGCCGACCCUGAGCUCUCCCUCUGCUCUCCAGAUACAGAUAUUACUAUUUUUAGCAGUCACUCUCAGAACCGGGAUGUAUCACUGCCUUUUCUUAGCACGGAUACGGCACCCUCCUCUCUUCUGAGGACACACAGCACUUCACAAAAGACCUGCCAGCUGCAGGGGUGUGCAGAAAUACAGAGGGCCAGGUGUGCUCCUGGGGGGCAGACGGCAGAUCCCCACCACCAGUCAUUUAAGAUACUAAAUUGAUACCACUGAGCCUAGGCAUUAAAAAUACUGGGGUUUUUGGCCUCAGUGUUAUGGUCCAAUUCCAGCAUAGGUGGCAAUGGGGCUGGUGUGAGCUCUGCUGUGGGGAAAAAGGCACCCAGCGAAGCAGCGCAGGGUGCUGGGGCGCGGGCAGUCCUGCCCUUGCUUUCCCUGGAUGUGCCAUCGUUUAGUGGCUGCUGCUGCACCGCUCUAAUUAGCGCACGACAGCAUGGCAGUCGUGGCACUUGCUUUUGUCCCUUGUGGUCAUUUCCACUUAGACACUUUAACUAGCAGUAUCCCCGUGACGGGGGAGGGCCUGUGACAAGAGAGGAUUGUUGAUGCCUUUGGGGUGCACUUGCAUCUUCCUGGGAUGGUUUUGCCCAGGUGUGUGUGAUACUUGCAGGUGCAGAAGGUUGGGCAGGGCAGGGUUUAUGCACAAGAGCCAAGUAAUAACUGAAAGGCCACGCAGGGAGUGACACUCUGCCUUCGCUUCCUACUCUUGCUAUGCAAAAAUCCCCACCCAACCCAAAGAUGUCCAAUAUUUGCAAAAUGCUGCAAACAAAAAUCAGGGCAGCCAGUGAAGAGAUAGGACAAAGUUUCCAAGCUGGGUGCAGGUUUCUAGGAGGGCCAGUCACUGCCCGGCCCAGGGUAUGGCUGCUCGGCCCCUCUGCACCCCGCAGCUUGGGGUGCUGCUCCCCGUGCCCUGUCCCGGGCACCUCAGUACACGAGGGAAUCACAAGCACUUGGUGUCUCAAUCAUUGUGUUCCAGAAACUACAUUUUUAAAGUAAAUUCACUCACGCACAA